AUGAUUAGAGAGGAGGUGGCUCUAAAUGUUCAACGAGAAUUUGAAAAGAGAGAUGGAAAAGGGAAGGGUAAGAAGGACAAUGAAGAUGAGGAGGUGGAAGUAAUGGGGGAGAAGUUCCACAAGAAGAAGUUCUCUUUUAAGGAUUUUGAUGUGUGUCACCCUCCUGAAUAUCAUGGUGACCUCAACCCCAUCGUUUGUACCAGAUGGGUGUCAGAGAUUGAAGGGUCUUUUCGCACCAGUCAAUGCCCUGAGGAUCUUAAAGUGGUGUAUGCUGUGAGCAUGUUGAGGGAUAAAGCGAAGAGAUGGUGGGACAAUUUAUUGUUGGUGAAGAAGGAAGCACUUGAUAAUGUGGAUUGGCCUGAGUUCAAGGCCAUGUUCUAUAAGGAAUUUAGAUCAGAGGCGGAGGUGACUAGGUUGAGGAGUGAAUUCCUCAAUGAUUCUCAAGGAACCCUUAGUUUGACGGAGUUUCGUGCCCAAAUUCUUAAUAAGGCACAAUUCUGUCCCGAGUUCUUAGAGAAUGAGCACUUGAUGAAGGAGCAGUUUUAUAUGAAGUUGAAGAAGAGUUUGAGGGAGAGGAUUAGUUUACGUCAAAUGGAGUCUUUCUACAUGUUGUGUGAUGUGGCUCGAGAUUACGAGAUCGAGCAAACUAGAGUUGAUGAGAAUGAGGUGAAGAGAAAGUAUGAUGGGGAUAAUUCGCCAAAUAAAAGGUUUAAACAAGAUGGUGCUUCCAGUAGUAAUGCCUUUAGAAGAAAUGCUCCCUUUUAA